GAUUGGUCGGCUUGUGCUCCUCUCCCCUCCCUCCCUGGGGCUUCCGCUUCCGGUUCUGACGGACGCGUCGGCCGUAACGAUGAUCGGAGACAUCCUGCUGUUCGGGACGUUGCUGAUGAAUGCCGGGGCGGUGCUGAACUUUAAGCUGAAAAAGAAGGACACGCAGGGCUUUGGGGAGGAGUCGAGGGAGCCCAGCACAGGUGACAACAUCCGGGAAUUCUUGCUGAGCCUCAGAUACUUUCGAAUCUUCAUCGCCCUGUGGAACAUCUUCAUGAUGUUCUGCAUGAUCGUGCUGAGAAAACUCAAGCAGAUUGCCUUUCCAUCUAGCAUUGGUGCCAUAACUCUGAUACUACUGUUAACGAAUUGUGAGAUUUGCUGUAAAUAGAUUUAGGAAAAGACACGACGAGAGAAUCUGGUAUUCUUGGCCUCCAUGGGUCCAUCCUUGUAUACUUCCCCCAGAAAGAGAGAGGACAAAAAGUUGGCUGUCCUGAGUGAUUGAAACUCCGAAUGUGGGGUUGCUGUGCAGUCCACGUGCCACCCCAGUGGCUGUUUGUGAAGAUGCUUCCAAGACAUAGGAGAUCUGGGGAGGAUGGCAUUUCACCGUCAUCACAAGGACCGCAAUGUAUUCCCAGAAAGGCUCUUGCCAAGGUAUCACCUGGCAGAGAGGAUGUGAGAGCAUGUAUGAGGCUUGCCUAGCAACAAAGAAGGCUUGUGAAGAGAUCAAGGAACUUACAUGAAAUUGUAGGAAGGGCCAGGCGCGGUGGCUCAGGCCUGUAAUCACAGCACUUUGGGAGGCCAAGGUGGGAGAAUUGCUUGAGCCCAGGAGUUCGAGACUAGCCUGGGCAGCAUGGUGAAACCCUGUCUUUACCAAAAAUCAAAAAAUCAGCCGAGUAUAGUGGCGCCUGCCUGUAGUUCCAGCUCCUCGGGAGGCUGAGAGGGGAGAAUCACUUGAGCCCUGGAGGCAGAGGUUGCAGUGAGCUGAGAUCCUGCCACUACACUCCAGCCUGGGCAAAAGAAGAAGACCCUGUCUCCAAACAAAUAAUAAUAAAUAAAUCAAGACCUAAAGGACAAGAAGACGUUUGCCAUUUGCAGAGCUGGAGAAAAGCAUGGUGGCAUAGGAAGUGGCAUGUGCAAAGGUCCUGGGGCAGGGAAGAAGUCAGCAUUCUUCCCUCAUUCUCAUCUUUGCAAAGGUCCUAGGGCGGGGAAGAAGUCACUAUGCUUCUCUCAUUCUUGUCUUUGCAAAGGUCCUGGGGCGGGGAAAAAGUCAGCAUGCUUCUCUCAUUCUCAUCUUUGCAAAGGUCCUGGGGCAGGGAAGAAGUCAGCAUGCUUCUCUCAUUCUCAUCUUUGCAAAGGUCCUGGGGCAGGGAAGAAGUCAGUCAGCAUGCUUCUCUCAUUCUCAUCUUUGCAAAGGUCCUGGGGCAGGGAAGAAGUCAGCGUGCUUCUCUCUCAUCUUUCCUGUGCACCUGCUUCAUCAUCCUCUCCUGUUUGACCAACAUCUUCAUUCCCUCAUCUGCCAGCCUGUGACCAGAACAGCAGCCUCGGGCAUCCUCCCAGCUCAACUUUCCAAGACCUUCAUAGUCAGUAGCCCAGGGUCCUGUUUUGUUUCCUGGGGCAGAGUCUGUUUGACCCACCUUGGUGUCACUCGGGUCCAUUUGGGGUGGAGGUUCUUGAUUCUGCCAUAACCACUUAGGUCAAGGGUCAUCAGACCACAGGCCAAAUCUCCCCACUGCCUGUUUUUGUGAAUGAACUUCACAGAAGUUCAUGUGUGUGGCUGCUUCUGUGUCACAGCAGUGGAGUUGAGUUGUGUGGCAGAGACCACAUGGCUCGCAGAGCCAGAACUGUUAGUAAACAGUCGCCCGUUACAGAGAAAAUGUGCCAACCUCUGACCCAGGCCAACUCUUUCACUGGGGGCCAUGGGUGAGAGAAGAUUCUCUCAAGAAAGGGCUCUCUUAGGGAGGCAGUGACUGGCUUUCCCAGCAUACUUAAAAACUGGAAAUCACCUAAGUGUCCAAGAAUGGGAAGGAUCAGGUAACUUGAAGGAUGCCCAUGUGACUGGCUGUCACGAUACCAUCACUGAUGAUGUGCCAGAAGGUUCUGUCUGCAUGGGGAAAUGAAACGUUCUGAAAGUGAAGAAAGCCAGAGGGUACUCGUCUGUGCAGCCUGACUUCAGCUGUGUAAUGUGCAUGCAGUAACCAUGGAUAAACCUUAAAUGAGCGCCUUAAGUAUGGGAGUGAAACACUGUUUAGCGAGGGACUUGGAAGGAUCCACUCCAGAUGGGGUAGAGAGGUGACCCUGCGGCAGUUGCUGAGGAAAUUGGCAGAGCCUGGGCAUGGUUCAAUAUUCCGUGUGCCUAUUUCUUUUUUUUUUUUUUUUU